AAAUUAUCAGGUCGGGACGUAGCGGCCAUCCCAUGCCCGAUUGGAGACUUGAUUUGACCUCAUUCUCGAUUAACCAGAAUUUCCACCCGAUCUAGAUGGGCCCAUUGAGGAUCCACCCGCAGAAAUUUUUGCCAACUUAGCUAUGGCCAUAGGUACUUUCUCUGGUUUGAAGACAAAUUAGCAAUAUAAUUUCCCACUUGAUUCAUACCCAGAACCAGAAUCCUCGAGUCCAGCACACCCAUGGGUUCGGAUCAAGCUCUGUUCCACAACAGUCUUCUGCGCCUGUACCUCAUCGGACCACGACAAGUCGUCGCCCUGAGGUUUCUCCAGGCGCCGUACGGGAAGCACAACCAACCGGGGUGGGGGCCGACCAUGUCGGCUCCAUUGGCCUGGUUCCUCAUGGAAAGUCCCACCCUGUGGCUAACCCUCCUCCUCUUUCCCUCCGGCGAUCACUCCUCCAAUUCCAAAGCUCUCCUUCUCAUCUCCCCCUUCCUCCUCCACUACUUCAAUCGCACCUGCCUCUACCCAAUUCGCCUUCUCCGGAGUGGAACUCGACGGAAUACCGCCGCCGGUUUCCCGGUGAUUGUGGCGGUCAUGGCAUUCGGGUUCAACUUGCUCAAUUCUUACCUGCAGACCAGAUCUGUGUCUCACUACAUGGAGUACGAGGGAGACGGGUGGUUUUGGUGGCGGUUUUUUGGUGGUGGGGUGGUUUUUCUGUUGGGAAUGUCGGUGAAUAUUUGGUCGGAUGGUGUUCUGGUCGGACUGAAGAGAGGCGGCGGCGGUUAUAAGGUGCCGACAGGAUGGUGGUUUGAGUUGGUGAGUUGCCCUAAUUAUUUGGGAGAGAUUGUGGAGUGGCUGGGCUGGGCGGUGAUGUGCGGAUCAUGGGCUGGGCUAGCGUUUUUUCUUUACACAUGUGCCAAUUUAGUGCCUAGGGCACGUGCGAACCACACAUGGUACUUGAACAAGUUUGGGGAGGAUUAUCCCAGAAAUAGGAAGGCUGUAAUUCCCUUCUUGUAUUAACUGAAUGCAUCAAAUUGGAAAUUAUAAAUAAAUAGAAAAAAAAAAACCUUGGCUCUGAAUAAUUUUAUAUUGUAUCUAAAUGGAUAUUUUAAAAAUAAAAGUUCUCAUAUUCUGAAAAAA